UCAACAUUCAGGGCCAAUUUUGCCCAGUGCCCUGCCUGCGUGAGUAUGAGAAACAUGGCGGAAAGCGAGUUGAACGUUGACAGCCUCAUCUCUCGAUUACUGGAAGUGCGAGGAUGUCGUCCAGGGAAGAUAGUACAGAUGACAGAGGCUGAGGUGCGGGGGCUCUGCAUCAAGUCCAGGGAGAUUUUCCUCAGUCAGCCGAUCCUGCUAGAGUUGGAGGCUCCUCUCAAAAUCUGUGGUGAUAUCCAUGGACAGUACACAGACUUGCUGAGGCUAUUCGAGUAUGGGGGUUUCCCUCCAGAGGCCAACUACCUGUUCCUGGGGGAUUACGUGGACAGAGGGAAACAGUCGCUGGAGACCAUCUGCCUGCUGCUUGCCUACAAGAUCAAAUACCCAGAAAAUUUCUUCUUGCUCAGGGGGAACCACGAGUGUGCCUCCAUCAAUCGCAUAUACGGCUUCUAUGAUGAGUGCAAACGCAGGUUCAACAUAAAGCUCUGGAAGACAUUCACAGACUGCUUUAAUUGCCUGCCCAUUGCUGCGAUUAUUGAUGAGAAGAUCUUCUGCUGCCAUGGAGGGCUCUCACCUGAUCUCCAGUCCAUGGAACAAAUUCGACGCAUUAUGAGACCCACUGAUGUCCCAGACACAGGCUUGCUGUGUGACCUGCUGUGGUCGGACCCAGACAAAGACGUGCAGGGGUGGGGGGAGAACGAUCGAGGAGUUUCCUUCACCUUUGGGGCCGACGUGGUCAGCAAGUUCCUCAACCGCCACGACCUGGAUCUCAUCUGCCGGGCACACCAGGUUGUUGAAGACGGCUAUGAGUUCUUUGCCAAGCGACAGCUGGUGACACUAUUCUCUGCCCCCAACUACUGCGGCGAGUUUGACAAUGCAGGCGGCAUGAUGAGUGUGGACGAGUCCCUUAUGUGCUCCUUUCAGAUUCUGAAGCCAUCAGAAAAAAAAGCAAAGUACCAGUACGGAGGGGUGAAUUCAGGACGCCCAGUCACCCCGCCUCGCACCACUCAGGCACCUAAAAAGAGGUGAGCGGCUGGCCCUGACUCUCCUGCUCCUCCCCCAGCUGGUCUCUGGCCCACGUCUCUGCAGUCUGCCUAAAACACUCCAGCCUUCUCUCAGUAAGCUUGUUCAUGUGUAAACAGAAACUCCAGGAGUGUUUUUUGCUUGUUCUGUGGGUAUUUUUAUGAACACGAGUGGUAUUUUUCUUUCCAUUUUUUGAUGCCAUGGUAUGUACUAACUCAGCCCUCAUUCUACUACUCAGUCCAUUCAGCAAUAUAAAAACCAACCCCUUGUGGAAUGGGCAAGAUUGUAAGAAAAGAUGCUUCUCAGCCUUCAGAUUAACAACUUCCAUUGUGUAUUUUGUGAAUGCAUGCACAUUUAUGAGACUGAGAUGGGUUAUUGGCCCUAGCCAUUGUAAAAUCCUUCAAACAACAGGGCCAAAUAUUUACUGUUUCACACUGACUUGUCUAAUGUCCAUGUAAUUUCCCUAAUAACUGCCAUUGUCACCUUCCAUAUUGGCCUAAAACAGAAAAUGAACAGUUUAAACAUUUUGGGAAUUAAGCUUAUUUGCUUACUCUUCGACUCAAGAAUGUUAUUCCUCCACACGGAGAUAUCAAUAAAAGCCAGAGAUUUUGGUGAUAAAAGUGCAAUAAAUACUGCUAGAAACCAUGCCAAAUGCAAGCAAGAACAUUUGUUAAGGCCUAUUUGAACUUUAAAAAAAAACUGUCACAGCCAACUCAUGCUGUACCUUUACUAGGGCAUUCACAAACAAUAGAUUAUCUGCAUUAGAUAAGUGUUUCCAGCCUCAGCUCUGAACAGUUUGUACCCCUCACAUCAGUUAAUGAGCAUUUGUGGUUGUUGAGGAGCAGAAUUUCCAUUAUUGGUAUGAAGUAGGGGAAAAAAGCAAUGCAAAAGCGUAAAAGGUUCCUUUUUUUUUUUUGUUCUGAUGUAAAUUAAGUGUACGUGGAAAUGUGGGAACAAAACGUCAGUGAGCACUUUGAGUUUGUGUCCUUUAGUCUGGUAAGUACAGU